AUGCCUUUGGUCCGGCCGACGAUGGACAACACCACCACCCAGCCCCCAAGCAGCCUCCACGCCCAGGCCAACGAGGCGCCCCCGCCGCCCUAUUCGGAGACGGACAUCUACUCCAACUCGGCGCCGUCGCCUCGCGCCGCCAACGACGACGGCGCCGCCUCUCAUCUGUCUUCGUCCCCCGCCGGCGACGUCAUCUUAACCCCUCCCGAGACCCCUCGCACCUCGGCCUCCAACCCGCAACUUGCACUACACUCUCAUCCGCUGUCCGGCGCGAGCCUUUACUUUGUGUCACGCCCUCCACCCCCGACCGGCCCCCUCGAGCCCGUUGUUCACACCGUCGACGUCCGCGGCGCCUCGUCCCCCGCCGACUUUCCCUACCCCAGCGGCUGGGCGGCCCGCGAUGUCACCCCGCAGGACUGGGCCACCUUCAUCAACUUCCUGCUCCCGGACCACACCACCAGGGGCAACGAGGCCGUCUUUGAGAGGAAACUGAGCGCUGAGGCCCCCCUCGACGAUGCCAGCACUGUCCAUGGCCGCUCGAGGGCCGAGGCCCAGCUCCAUCAUAUUCGCGAAUCCAGCCCCGACGCUGUGAGAAGGAGGACCGACGCAGACUCCACCGUCCAGCAGUGGAACGGCGGCUUCUUCGGCCCCCGCGGCAUCCACAUCCAUCUCGUUCCUCCGCAUGCACCCGAGCGCAUGCCCGGUUCAUGGGACACCGUCUUCGACGCACAUGUGCCUCCUCAUCGACCCGGCGGUCCUCAAGGCCCGCCUCCUUUCCCUCAGCAGCAGCAGCAGCAGCAGCAGCAGCAGCAGCAGCAGCAGCAUCAACGCCAACAGUCGCCGCGCACCAGGACCUGGGGCGGCUUCACCAUUGGCGACGAUAGCAUCCGGUACGGCAAUAGGUUCGUCGCCGACAGCAGUGGUCUGCGCAUAGGCAGCCUCGUCAUGGACAACAGCGGCAUUCGUAUAAACGGCCAGGGCGCCGAGCCCGCAUCCAGGACAUAUGUACGGCCCCCAGGUUUCGUUCCGCGGCCGCCCCCCAUGGUCCCAUUCGGAGGCCCACCGUGUGAGCCACAGCAUCGCCAUCGCCGCCAAUACGACCAUUUUGGCGGCUGGGAACAUCACGACGAGAAGCAUUCCAAUAAGUCCUGCGAAGAGCGCGGUAGGCAGCGCCAAUCUGAACCCAAGGGCGGCCUACAAAGAUCCGGAUCGGUCAGCUCCACAUCCUCGUCCUCUUCUGCCUCGUCGUCGUCAUCGGAAUCCUCCAUCGGAUCCCUUCCCGACUAUGACGACAUUCGUGAUCAGCAGCUACCGCUUUACGUGGAACGCCUCCAGAGCUGGACCGCGAAUCCCGACAAGCCGCGCUCCAGGAGCGACGUCAAGAAGCUCAAGGCGGAACUCCAGGGCGCCAAGCAUGCGCCUGUCGAUCCCAAUCAAGACAGAAAAGCGCUCAGGGCGCAGAUGAAGGCGUUGUCUCAGCAGUGGAAGCAGCUCAAGAAACAGCAGAAGAGCGCGCGGAAAGCGGCUCGGCGAGAGCGGCAGCAAAGGCGCAGGGCAGACAAGAAGGAGCGGAGAGCCGGCUCAGGUGUGCCGCCGCCUCCUCUCGUGCCCGGCAUCAUGCCUGCCGGGGCCGCCGCUGCCAUCGAGUCAGCACACUACGCCGGCCGUGGCGGGUGUGGUCCUGGCUGGGCACGCGGCGGCGGUUUCGGCGGCUUCUUCGGCCCUUCACAGCCGGGCUUCUUUGGUGGUACCCACGGGCCGUUUGGGCACAAUGGCUUCGGGGGGCGCGGGCCGCCUGGAUCCCGAGUGCCCUUUGCUGAUCGCGGGUCUCGCGGUUGCGGCGGCGGCGGUGGCGGUCCAUGGGACGGGAACCGCCGUGGUGCACCAGGCGCCUGGCCGGACGACGCGAAGUCACCUUGCGACAGGGGCGACGGGCACGAGACCGGGACAAGCACCCCGCCGCCCGGAGCGGCGUCGGCGGCCAAGUAUCGCGCCGCGGAGGAUCUCGAGGCCGAGAUCCGGGUCAUGGCCAAGCAGGCGGCGGAGCUUGAUGGGGUCGGCGGCGGGGGUGGCGGCCAGCAGGCCCUGGACAAGGAGAUGGAGGCGCUGACGGAGAGGCUGGAGCGGAUACGGAUGGAGGCGGACGAGGCGUAUGCGCGGGAGCUGGCGGCGCAGGUGGAGCACUGA